GAAUGGCAGCCUCCAGGAAGGCACCGCGAGGAAGGGAAAGUCACCCGGAUCUUCAGCUGAAAAAUUUAAGGAUAAUUGAGCCUAACGAGGUGGUGACACACUUAGGAGACUCAGGUGUGGGAUCAGAGCUGGUGGCUCCAACGCUGAUUUUAUUAGGAUCACAGAUUCUCAGGGACUUUGGUGGCAGAAUGGCCCCUAAGAUAACAUCAGAGCUGCUCCGGUUGCUGAGGCAAGCCAUGAGGAACUCCGAGUAUGUAACAGAACCCAUCCAGGCCUAUAUCAUCCCAUCAGGAGAUGCCCACCAGAGUGAAUACAUUGCUCCAUGUGAUUGUCGGCGGGCCUUUGUCUCUGGAUUUGAUGGCUCUGCGGGCACAGCCAUCGUCACAGAAGAGCAUGCUGCUAUGUGGACCGAUGGGCGCUACUUUCUCCAGGCUGCCAAACAGAUGGAUAGCAACUGGAUGCUCAUGAAGAUGGGUCUGAAGGACACACCGACCCAGGAAGAUUGGCUGGUGAGUGUCCUUCCUGAAGGAUCCAGAGUUGGUGUGGACCCACUGAUUAUUCCUACAGACUACUGGAAGAAGAUGGCCAAGGUUCUGAGAAGCGCUGGCCACUACCUCAUUCCUGUCAAGGAGAACCUUGUGGACAAGAUCUGGACAGACCGUCCUGAGCGACCAUGCAGGCCCCUUCUCACAUUGGGCCUGAAUUACACAGGCAUCUCCUGGAAGGAUAAGGUUGCAGACCUUCGCGUGAAAAUGGCUGAGAGGAACAUCGUGUGGUUUGUGGUCACUGCCCUGGAUGAGAUUGCAUGGCUUUUCAAUCUCCGAGGCUCAGAUGUGGAACACAAUCCAGUAUUUUUCUCCUACGCAAUCAUAGGACUAGAGACCAUCAUGCUCUUCAUUGAUGGCGACCGCAUAGAUGCUCCUAGUGUGAAGGAGCAUCUGCUGCUUGACUUGGGCUCGGAACCCGAGUUCAGAAUCCAGGUGCUUCCCUACAAGUUCAUCCUGAAUGAGCUCAAGACCCUGUGUGCCAACCUCUUGUCAAGGGAGAAGGUGUGGGUCAGUGACAAGGCCAGCUAUGCUGUGAGCGAGGCCAUCCCCAAGGAGCACCGCUGCUGUAUGCCUUACACCCCCAUCUGCGUUGCCAAGGCCGUGAAGAAUUCUGCUGAGUCUGAAGGCAUGAGGCAGGCUCAUAUUAAAGAUGCUGUUGCCCUCUGUGAACUCUUUAACUGGCUGGAGAAAGAGGUGCCCAAAGGUGAUGUAACAGAGAUUUCAGCUGCUGACAAGGCAGAGGAAUUUCGAAGGCAACAGGCUGACUUUGUGGAUCUGAGCUUCCCAACGAUAUCCAGCACAGGACCCAAUGGUGCCAUCAUUCAUUAUGCGCCAGUCCCAGAGACAAAUAGGACCUUGUCACUUGAAGAGGUGUAUCUCAUUGACUCAGGUGCUCAGUACAAGGAUGGAACCACAGAUGUGACUCGGACCAUGCACUUUGGGACCCCCACGGCCUAUGAGAAGGAGUGCUUCACUUAUGUCCUCAAGGGCCACAUAGCUGUGAGCGCAGCCAUUUUCCCAGCCGGAACCAAAGGCCACCUUCUUGACUCCUUUGCACGCUCAGCUUUAUGGGAUUCUGGCCUGGAUUACCUGCAUGGGACAGGGCAUGGUGUUGGUGCUUUUCUGAAUGUUCACGAGGGUCCUUGUGGGAUCAGCUAUAAAACAUUCUCUGAUGAGCCUUUGGAGGCAGGCAUGAUUGUCACUGAUGAACCGGGAUACUAUGAAGAUGGGGCUUUUGGAAUUCGUAUUGAGAAUGUUGUCCUGGUAGUUCCUGUAAAGACCAAGUAUAACUUCAGUAACCGGGGAAGCCUGACCUUUGAACCUCUCACUUUGGUUCCGAUACAGACCAAAAUGAUAGACGUGGAUGCUCUUACAGACAAAGAGUGCGACUGGCUCAACAACUAUCACCUGACCUGCCGGGAUGUGAUCGGGACAGAGCUGCAGAAGCAGGGUCGCAUUGAAGCCCUGGAGUGGCUCAUCAGAGAGACACAGCCCAUCUCCAAACAGCACUAACAUGUCUGCCACCUCCACCCCUGGGUUAUCUAGUCCAACGCUCUGGAGAAAGGAAGACUGGGCGACCCAGGACUGUCCUCCUCUUUCCUUCUUCCCCUCCCUCUUUACUUUGAAAAGAACUGAGAAUCUUAUCUUUUUUCCUAUUUUCUUGCAAAUACUUGAUCUUUGAUGAUUUUUAAAAAAAAAAUUGUUGGGUGCGAGCCAUGAAUAAAAUCACUGCACCAGAAAGUCGGGUCCCCACAGGGCUGGACACUCAGUCAGGGAGACACUUGAGCCGCUACAGAGAGUUCUCUGGCCCAUGAGGCAAGACAAGGAGUUCUCUGGGCCGGCCAUGUUCCAGGUGCUAGUACAUUCUUCAUGAUCACCUCACUGCUCAUGAGACUUAUUAAUGAUCAGCAAAUAAAAUGUCAAAACUUU